AUGACGACCGAAGGAAUCAAGCCUCCCCUGCCCCCAUUUACAAUCGAAACCGCACGUCAGAAGGUCAAAGCUGCCCAAGACGCCUGGAAUACCAAGAAUCCGGACCUGGUUAAGAAUGCUUACACACCCGAAUCCAUAUGGAGGAAUCGGGACAAGUUCAUAAGAGGAACUGAUGAGAUCGUUCAGUUUUUGACGGAGAAGUGGAGCGUUGAAAAUGGGUAUCGAUUGAGGAAGGAGUUGUUUGCUUUUACGGAUAAUAAGAUCGCCGUCCAAUUCUGGUACGAAUGGCACGACGCCUCCGGGCAAUGGUGGCGUACCUAUGGCCUGGAAGACUGGACGUUCGCCGAAGAUGGGCGCAUGAGAAAGCGCCAGAUGAGCGGGAACGAUGUCAAAAUUUCCGAUGAAGAGAGAUGGUUUACGGAUGGGGUUGACGUUAAUUCGGUGUCGAUUUCCGAGAAGCAUUGGUAG